CGAGCGCGCAACGCUGGCCCAGAGUCCCGCUGGUUGAUGCUUUCCAAGAGUCGCACAGUCGCCCAGCGAUUGCUGCGGCUCAGCGCCGUUACUUGGCUCGUGGUCAAGGGGUUUCAUAACAUCACGAUUUGCGCAUUCGUGCCCUAUCUACUCUUGCUCUCCCCACCAGUCGCUGCCACUGCUCCCCGCUUUGCCUUCGUUUCCACCACGUCGCUCGCUCAAUCCGCUGCCUGAGGCACGUUUGCUACGCAUGCUAAUUAUCAGCCUUUGUAUUCUCUUCCUGUAAUAUUUGGGCGAUCCGCAAUGAAGCCUUCAACAUUGCUUUACACGACGUUUAGCCUUCUGUCGCCACUCGUCACUUCUGCUAUUGAGCUUAAUCCUGAUGAUCCAGAGUCGAUCAAGAGCGCAGCUAAAAUCAUCGCAGCUGGCACAAGAGAUUGGUACACAGGAGAUCGAGUCGGCGACACGCCUGGUAACUUGCCAGACCCGUACUACUGGUGGCUAUGUGGCGCUAUGUUCGGCUCUUUCAUCGAUUACUGGUACUAUACCGGCGACGAUACAUACAACAAGAUCACGACACAGGCCAUGGUUCACCAGAUCGGCCAGCCACAGGCAUUCAUGCCACCAAAUCAGACGAGCACGCUCGGAAACGACGAUCAAGCGUUUUGGGGGAUGUCAGCCAUGUCAGCAGCAGAAAACAAGCUACCAGACGUAGAAGGGGAGAUGUCGUGGUUGUCGCUGGCGAUUGCAGUCUUCAACACACAGGUUCCACGUUGGAACUCGAGAACAUGUGGUGGUGGACUCAACUGGCAGAUUUUCACAUUCAACAACGGCUACGAUUAUAAAAACACGAUCUCAAACGGCGCGUUCUUCAACAUUGCAGCAAGGCUGGCAAAAUAUACCGGCAACGAAACAUAUGCUGAGUGGGCUGUUCAGGCGUAUGAGUGGCAACUGAGUGUCGGACUCAUCAGCCAGGACUACCACUUCUACGAUGGCACAUCUGAGCGCAAGAACUGCACCGACAUAAACCACAUCCAAUGGACCUACAACGCAGGCAUUCACUUGUCGGGUGCCGCCGCUAUGUGGAACAUGUCAGAAUCGGCAGGUGACACCGCUAAAGCAGCACUCUGGCGCGGCCGCAUCGAAGGCAUACUUAAAUCCACCUCAGUCUUCUUCUCCGCGGACGGUGCUCCAAACGUCAUGAUCGAAGUAGCUUGCGAGCGCAACGGACUCUGCGACCACGACCAGCGCUCCUUCAAAGCCUACCUCGCGCGCUGGAUGGGCUACACAGUGCUCACCGCGCCCUGGACGCGCGAUUCAAUUUUGCCGCGGCUGCGCGCCUCGGCGGUUGCAGCAGCAAAGCAGUGCGGGCCUGGCAAGAACGGAUGCGGACUGAGGUGGUGGCAAGGCGGCGUGAACGACGGCCAGGUCGGCGUGGGAGAGCAGAUGAGCGCUCUCGAGACCAUCCAGAAUUUGCUUGUUGAUCAGGUUGCGGGACCGGUGGGCGAGCAGACGGGUGGAGUCAGCAAGAACGACCCAUCUGCGGGCAGUGAUGGGGGCAACUUAGUUAUUGUGCAUGAUCCCAUCACUACGGCGGAUAGGGCUGGUGCUGGUAUUUUGACUGUGCUCGUGCUGGCUUUCUUAUUUGGAGGCGGAGCGUGGUUGGUCACUGGCGAUUAAGUGUAGUCUAACCAGGCCUUCUUUUCUUUCUCCAAUGCGAAUCAUGUUCUCC